AUGGGUGGGACUCAGAAUCAAGAUUUUGCCCCUCCCAGACCCGAAACAAGACUUUACCGUGUUUGGAAGGGUCGUAAUAAAUUUUUGUUUGGCGGGAGAUUGAUCUUUGGUCCGGAUGGGGCAUCAUGCCUUUUAUCAACAUUCUUGAUAGGGGCCCCUGCAUUAAUAUUCUGUAUCAAAACGCUUGUGAGGGUUCGAGAAGCUGACUUCUUGUAUCGGCAUGUUGUAUUGAUAGUCGGACUUGUCCUCACAAUUUUGGAUUUGACUUUUCUCUUCAUGACAUCUUCAAGAGAUCCGGGAAUAAUUCCUAGGAACUCACGGCCGCCUGAAUCAGAUGAAUCAUUUUCUGCUUCAUCUGUGGAGUGGAUGAACAAUGCAACUCCUGAGAUGAAACUACCUAGAACAAAGGACAUUUUUGUCAAUGGCCACAUAGUUAGAGUGAAGUUCUGUGACACUUGUUUGUUAUAUCGUCCACCUCGUGCUUCUCAUUGCUCCAUCUGCAACAAUUGUGUCCAGAGGUUUGAUCAUCACUGUCCAUGGGUGGGUCAGUGUGUUGGAGUUCGGAACUACCGGACUUUCAUCUUAUUUAUAUCGACAUCAACAAUCUUGUGCAUAUAUGUUUUCACAUUUUCUUUGUUGAACCUCCUUAAAGAACGGGGAGGCAUAUGGGAUGCCAUGUCAAGAGACGUUGUAUCAGUCAUUCUAAUGGCGUACUGCUUCGUUGUGGUGUGGUUUGUUGGUGGGCUUAGCGUCUUCCAUUUCUAUCUAAUGUCCACAAACAAGACGACAUAUGAAAAUUUCCGGUAUCAUUAUGAUAAGAAAGAGAAUCCAUUUGAUCGAGGGAUGAUAAAGAACCUCAAGGAAAUCCUUUUCUCUAAGACAGCACCGUUGCUGGUCAAUUUUCGGGACAUGGUCACCGAAGAAGAUCAUUCGAUACUAGGAUCCAUAACAAAAAGAUUUGGUGGUGAUAAUAUCAACUCGAAGGAGAAGGACCUAGAAGUUGGUACCAUUGGCAAGGACGGUAAGCCACUUCCGGAUGUUCUGCAGAAUUUGGACUACAAUGGAAUUGAAGACAGUUUGAAGAAGGACAAAGGAGGAAGCAUCAACCUCGACCCUUAUUUCUUUCCGACUGCUCAAGUAGAAGAAUCCGGUACUGGAGACAGUACGGCCGAUGAAAAUGGGACUGAAACGAGUUCUCAGAGAAAUUCAUCUGCAGUGCUUCGAAGAUAA